AUGGAAUCAAACAAUACUCCUAACAAUCAGUCUCAACCCUACUUUAGCCUUCUUAACUUCCCAUAUGACAGCUUUGCUCCCAAUGUAAACAUUGGUUCCUCUCAAAUUCCUUCUUUUAGUUCACAACCAAGUUCACAGCCGAGUUCACAGCCGAGUCCACCUCCUAGUCAAACAGAAGAGACAGCCGAACAGCGAAGGGAGAGAAGGCAUAUUGAUAGACAACGGGAAGAAGGCCACGAACGUUUGUGGAACGAUUAUUUUAGUGAUAAUCCGACUUACACGACGAGGCAAUUUCGCCGACGGUUUCGCAUGAAUAAGUCAUUGUUCUUGCGUAUUGUGAAUCGUCUCAGUGAAGAAGUUCCAUAUUUUAAACCAAAAAAGGAUGCAACCUUCCGGAAUGGUUUCUCACCGCUACAACAAUGUACUGCAGCAAUUCGACUACUAGCAUAUGGGAUUGGGGCGGACUCGGUUGACGAAUAUUUACGUAUCUCUGAAUCGACUUCUCGUAAAUGUUUGGAACAUUUCGUCGUCGGAAUAGUUGACUUGUUUGGCACUGAAUACCUACGCCGACCCACACAAGCGGAUCUUCAAAGGCUACUCUUUUACGGAGAACUGCGGGGUUUUCCCGGGAUGGUUGGAAGCAUCGACUGUAUGCAUUGGAAGUGGAAAAAUUGCCCAACAGCCUGGAAAGGAAUGUAUUCACGAGGCACCGGUAAACCAACAAUUGUUUUGGAGGCGGUAGCUUCACAAGAUCUCUGGAUAUGGCACGCAUUUUUUGGAGCUCCAGGUACUUGUAACGAUUUAAAUGUUCUUGAUCAAUCACCAGUAUUUAAUGACAUUAUUUACGGUCGAGCUCCUGAAGUUACGUACUAUGUCAACGGAAAUGAGUAUAAUUUGGCUUACUAUUUGACGGAUGGUAUUUACCCGGAAUGGGCGACAUUUGUUAAAUCCAUCCCACAACCACAACAUCCGAAACAUCGUUUGUUUGCAGAAAAACAAGAAGGUGCACGAAAAGAUGUUGAGCGUGCAUUUGGAGUCCUGCAAUCUAGAUUCGCCAUGAUUAAAAAUCCAUCUCUUUUAUGGUCAAAGGGUAAGAUUGCAUAUAUUAUGAGAGCAUGUCUCAUACUCCAUAAUAUGAUUGUCGAAGAUGAACGAGAU